CAAAAUGGGAUUUGCAAUGGGAAUUGGGCUUGGGUUGCGGUUGAAUGGCAAGAAAGCGCUAGUCGUUGGCCUGGCCAACAAGAACUCGUUGGCGUUUGCAAUUGCGUCUGCGCUUCAAUCUCAUGGCUGCGCUGUCGGACUGGUGUCUGCUCCUGCCUCGUACGAACGAGCGAAGCCCAGUGUGAAGUCCUUGCCGAGUGCUCCACUGUUCCACGUCCAAUGCGAUGUGACCAACCCCGACGACUUGUUGGCUCUACAAGAGCUCACGAAAGACGUCGAAUUGAACUGCUUGGUGCAUUCAGUUGCCUUUGCAUCCCCGGACGCCCUCACACAUCCCUUCCUUCACACUCCCACCACAGACUUCCUCACAUCAAUCCACGUCAGCUCCAUCUCGCUGCUGUCCCUGCUGCAGCACGUCAAGCUUCAGAGCGGCGGGAGUGUCGUGGCCCUAUCGUAUCUCGGCGCCGCGAAAGCAGUCCCAAACUACAAUUGCAUGGGACCUGCCAAGGCGGCGUUGGAAGCCACGUGUCGCGCGCUGGCACUGGAGAUGGGGGAGCACCAAAUCCGAGUGAAUGCUGUCAGUGCCGGCCCCAUCAACACGCUCUCUGCCCGCGGAAUCCCAGGUUUGUCCAAGAUGAGGCAGAUCGUCGCGGACACGGCGCCCUUGCGCCGCAACGUCACGCCGCAGGAAGUGGCCAACGCGACUGCGUUUCUUUGCGGCGAUUUAUCUAGUGGCAUCACGGGCCAAACCAUCUACGUGGAUGGAGGCGUGAGCUCCGUGGCCAUGGUGGGCACGGGCGAUGUGUGAGGACUUCCUUGUGAAACGCAAUCGAAGAUAUGACAGACACGAACAAUUCAAGUGUACUUGAAUCGACCACAGCUACCCUGGGUCUCGGUGGAUGGUAAAAACCCCGUUAAUGAAUGCGUUGAUACGUAUGGCGUCGACUCAUGCGACCGGCGAGAAAGCCAAUUGCAAGGACGGCGAUCGUGCACACGAUGGCAAUUGCAACCAGCGACACGGUGGAAUUGGCGUGGUGGAUGCCAGUGGAAAUGCUGGGGUGAAUAGUCGUGCUGUUCACAGUGACGUCGGUGGUGGAGUCGACCACAUCGUCGCCAGGGGGAUGCUCUAGUGGACGAAGGCCAAAGAUGGACCCUCCAUACACAGG